AUGUUAUCUGAGAGGACUCCUGAGACUUUUCCCUCUGACACUGAAGAGAACCCAAAAGAAACAAUCAAAGAUGUAUCUCUAAGUGGAAAAAUGUUGGCCUAUCCAACGGAAACAUCUAGAGCCGCUAUGGUGAAUAAGCAGGCAGAGACACCAAUAGAAAAAGAAAAUGAAGAGCAGCAGGGCCAGAGUAGUGGGUUACAAAAUGAGAUUGAACAAAGUAGACAUAUGCCAGCUCUGCAAUUUCCCCAAAAGAUGAAGCGGGAAAAACUGGACAAAUAUUUUGGGCGAUUCUUGGAAAUGCUCAAGCAACUCUAUGUGAACAUUCCUUUCACGGAGGUACUCACUCAGAUGCCUGCUUAUGAGAAGUUCUUGAAGGAAAUCUUAUCUAGCAAGAGAAAACUGGAAGAGACAACUGUGGUCAAGUUGAAUGCCCACUGCAGUGCCAUAUUACAAAAUAGAAUUCCCCAAAUAUGUGGGGACCUAAGAAGCUUUACCAUACCAUGCUCGUUGGGGAGUAAAAAAUUCGAUAUUGCCCUCUGCUAUUCUGGUGCAUCAAUAAAUCUAAUGCCUCUGUCUGUAUUCAAAAAACUGGAAGGUGAGCUUGGUAUGAUCAAAUCAAUACUAGUAUCUCUACAACUAGCUGACCAGACCACCAUUUUGCCUAAGGGAACCAUCGAGGAUAUUCUAGUACGAGUGGAUAAAUUUGUUUUCCCCGUAGACUUUAUUGUGGUGGAUAUGGAGGAUAACAAGGAAGUACCUCUAAUUAUGGGAAGGCCAUUCUUAUGUACAGGCAGAGCUAUCUUAGACAUCUAUAAAGGUCAACUCAUGCUUAGAGUGGGUAACGAAAAAAUAGUAUUCCAGAUGAAGAGGAUAAUGAAGUACCCGAGUGAUGAUGCAUCCGCCUACUCAUGUUUUAAAAUGGAUGUGGUUGAAGAAUUUACUAAAAUUUACAAAUUUGAUAAGCUUGUGGAGGAUAAUAUCGAGAGGUGUAUUACUCAGUUUGGCACAGUGGAGGAUGAAGAUCCUACAAUAAAGAAAGAGGUUGAAGCACUUGAAACUGAGGAUCAAGAGGUCGAUGAGCAUGAAUUAAAAGAGGAGGCUUCUAGACCUAAUGUGGAACUGAAAGUCCUCCCCACUCACUUAAAAUAUGCUUUUCUUGAAACUCACAAUUUUCCUGUGAUUAUUUAUGCUGAUUUGACAGGUACACAUGAGCGAAAGCUUGUGGAACUACUGAAGAAGCAGAAGAAGGCCAUUGGCUGGAGUAUAGCUGAUAUCCAAGGAAUCAGUCCAGCAAUUUGCAUGCACAAAAUCGUGUUGGAAGAAAAUAGUAAACCAGUCUUGCAGCCCCAAUGCAAGCUGAAUAAAAAUUUGUAG